AUGGCCACCACUGAAGCUCUCACCCACAUUACGAGCCGCGAACAAUUUGAACAAGCGGUCAAUGGAGGGAAACCCAUUAUCGUCGACUUCUGGGCUGAUUGGUGUCAACCUUGCAAGAUGAUCACUGGACCAUACGCAACUCAUGCACAAGAGAACCCGAGAAUCGGCUUUUACAAACUUAACAUUGAUGAACAGCCGUGGAUCGCUGAAUGGGACGCUGCCCAUCCUGAAAAUCAGCUCUCGAUUAGGACGAUCCUCUGUUCAUUGCGUUUGAUGGAGCUGGUAGACAGUUGGAUCGAUUCUAAGUGCACAUCCAAGCAGUUGAACACUUUAUUGAGGAAGUGA